UCGACGACGUACGUACGUAGUUCGCUGAGCUGGCUGAAUGACUGCCUAAAACAGUCAUUAAUACGGUUACGCGGCAUCUAUUCUUGCGUUUAGUCCCUUGCCAUUGUGUAUCCUAGCUCGAGAUAUAAAAUUGGACGAUAACCACGAGAUAUCUCUUGACGUGUUUGUACUUUACCUUGAACACCAACGGUAUAACCUUGUACACAUCUAACACACACCUACAACCUUCUUUACCUUGUUUCUCUUACAACUUUCUUCAAACAACGCACAACCAUCAUCAUGGCACCCCAUUACGAUAACCCAUGGGACAUUUUCCAUUCCUUCUACGGCGCUCUCAAUCCUAAUGGCGUCCCUCCUCGCCAGCCAGGCGCCGGUGUAGAUCACACCAACACAGCGCCGCCUUUCCCAUUCGGCGGUCCUCACCCGCCACCUCACGGCCCUUUCCCUUUCUCCCCCAACGACUUCCCUGACGAGGCCGACUGGGCUGGACGCGGCGGACGCGGCAGACGCAAUCGUUCGCCUCAUUACCAUGAUUAUCCGCAGGCGUACACCGAUAAUGUGAAUACGGGCACUGCGCAUACGAAUACCGCUGCCAGAGAGGCCGAGAACGAGAAGGGCAGUCACGAUGCCUCUCCGGAUACGGCACAGGAAGGAGAGGAAUUCCCCGACCCCGCCGAAGUCACUCCUUCGGAAAGCGACGGCGAGGACCACGGCCACGAAGGCGUCCCUCCUCCCUUCUAUUCGUCCGAAGACCCCUCUGGCCGACGAGGCAGACGCGGUGGCCCUCAUGGCCGUGGCGGCUGGGGCCAUGCCCACGCUCACGGCCACGGUCGAGGCGGCCGCUGUGGAGGCCGUCGCGGCGGAUGGCGCCGAGGCUUCGGAGGACCCUUCGGAGGCGGUCCCGGCGCUGGCGGCCCCGGAGGCCCUCCUCAUCACCCUCCUCCUCCCCACCCUCCCUUUGACUUCCCCGGCAUGAUGCGCGGCUUCAUGGACCAUCCUUUCUUCCAGAACUUGCGCGACCAAGCUGAGCGGUACUACCGCCCUGCCGACAGAAACGCCCAGCAACAGCAGCCAGAAGAGGCCGACGACACCUUCACUCCUCCCAUUGACAUCUUCAACACCCCUACCGCUUUUAUCCUCCACGCCGCCCUCCCCGGUGCCAAGAAGGACCACAUCGGCGUGACCUGGAACCCCCAGUCCCGCACCCUCCGCAUCGCCGGCGUCGUCCAUCGCCCCGGCGACGAGGCCUUCCUGCAGACGCUCACGACAGUCCGGGAGCGCAGGGUCGGCGUCUUCGAGAAGGAGGUGAAGCUGCCUCCCGCGGGCGUGGCCGAGGAGGAUCAGGACGUGGAGGUGGAUGGGUCUGGCAUCACGGCCAAGAUGGAGGAGGGAGUGUUGAUUGUGACGGUGCCAAAGGUGGAGAAGGAGUGGAUGGAGGUGCGAAAGGUGGACAUUGAGUAAACGAUGGAUGGUAUUUUGGAUCUUUGGUCUGGAAGAUGGCUAGGACCUUCUUUUCUUUCUCUCUUUUCUCUAUAUGUUAGGUAGUAUGGUAAUUAGGGCGUUAUUUUGGGUUUGGAGUGUAUUAAUAGCAAACCGAAUAUAAUACAAAAUUGGC